AUGGUGGCGCAGCACACGGGCCGCCGACUGCGGGCCCUGGCGCCGCUGUCUUCACCGCUGCCAGCGCUGCUGCCGCUGCUGCCGCUGCUACUGCUGGCACUGCUUGGCCUGGCGCGCGGGCAGGAUGUCUUCCUGCAUGCCGCCCCCCACGAGGCCCUGGGUGCCUCGGGCCCGGCGGCCUUCGUCACCGGGCCCGGCGAGCCAUCGGUGGCCGUCACUCACCCGAGCCGCGAUCUGGUCGUGGGGCACAUGCAAAAUGUCGACCUCCAUGCGGCGUCGGAGGUCCGUUGGGGGGCGUUCUUCGGGCUCCUGACCCAUGGUUUGUCCUGCCCGCGGCCCGGGGGCCUGGCCGAUGCCCAGUUGAUGUGCCUCCCGCUGGGCGGCAGCCCGGGGAUCGUGGCUGUGGAGCACACCACCACCGCGGUGGCCAUCUUCACCUCGCCCGAAGAGCACCGGCUCCCUGGGCCGGGCACCGAGCUGCUGGCCGGUGUCGGGGUGUCGGCCACCACGGUGGACCUACUCGGGCUGACGGGCUCCCCCUCCGAGCCGGAGCGGUCCAUUUACCUGGCGACCCUGGGCCCGGCCGGGCUGCAGCCGGUGCGCGGGAACUUCUUCCCGGUCAGUGGCCCGGCCUUUGCCAUCCCCGGGCCCGGGCGGUCUUUCUUCCUGUCCGGCGGCCGGCGCUUCGUCCAUCUUAUCCUGGAUGGGCUUGGCGGGGCGCAGUCCUCCGGGUCCAGUCUCUCGGCCAGCAUCGUCAGCAUGGCCGCCACGCGGGUGGUGUCCUCGGCGGCCACCUGCCCCGAGCACAUGGACCUGGUCCUGUUGCUGGACAACAAACUGGUGUUUGUGUACCACUGCCAGGGCCUGAGCGAGCGUGCUGGCCUGUCGACAGCCAUACUGCCGAGUGGCUCGCUGGCCGACGGAGCCCGGCUCCUGGCCCCCUCGGCCCUGGCCAUGGAUGACUCUCCGGGGCCCCUGUACCUGGUCACGCCCGGGUCGGCGGAUCCGGCCGACCGCCUCUGGCUGGCCCACAUCCAGGGUGACACAUUUACUUGGCGCCGGGUGGUUCUGCCGCCGGCCGUCACCGACCUGACCGACCUGCGGCUGGUGCGUCUGCAGCGGUCGCCCUCGGAUUCCAUGCGGUGGACCCUGGUGGCCGGGCGCACGGUCCUCUUCCCGUCCGACGACUUCCGGUGCCAGGACGACCACACCAUCGUGUGCGACGCGGCUGGGGGGUCCUCCGGCGCGCCGGCCGGGUGGACCUGUGCCCCUGGGCACGCGGCCUCGCCCUUCGUGUCGCCGGACCACCUGUGCGCCGGGUGCGCCAGUGGCUGGUACCUGAGCAAGCCGGCCGAGGAGGCGCCCUUUUCCCGGCCGGGGCAUUCCUGCCGGAUUUGUCCGCAGGCCAACUGCCGGACUUGCACCGCCGAGCACUGCCUCGUCUGCUCGGCCGGGUUCAACCCCCUGGCCGGGGUCUGCCGGCCGGCUGGCAUGCCCUCGCCGGAUGUGUACUCGACCGUCCCGGUGGGCGAGCCCCUCCCGGGGCUGGGGCCUGGUGAUCGAGUGACCGCCAUCGGGGCGACGCGGCUGGCCCCGGAGCCGGGAACCGGGAGCCCGGUGCUCCCGGCCGCCGACUCGGCGCUGGUGACCGGCAUGCUGCUGUUCACCGAGCACCGGAAGUCCUACUUCCUGCCGGCCGCUGACAUCACCCGUCCGGGCAAGGCACCCCCGGAGCCGAUUUCCCUGUUCGAUGGUGCCUUGCCGGUUCCGGUGGUGUCUGUGGCCGAGGUCGGGCCCCUCCAGCGCGAUGGGGGCUUGCUGCAUGUGGUGCUCCUUUGUGGUCAGGACCAGGUUCUCCGGCAUGUUUGGCUGUCAUGCGCCGGGCCGGGGCCGUGUGCGGCGACGGGCGCCGGGCUGCUGGACACACUCCCCAGCAGCCAGUGCUCUGGAGUCCGGCGCCUGGACCCGAGGCGCUUCCUUGUCUACGACGGCCCGCGGCGGUUGUCCAUUAUCUGGGUCAGCGGUUCUUCGAAGCAUCUGGCCUGGUUCUCGAUCGAGGGCCUGGACGCGGUCAGCCUCCUCGAGGCCACCGGACCCCGGGCCGACCCGGGCCUCGGGGAUUGGCUGGUAUGGGCGGGCUUGGGGCCGGGGGCCACGGCCGGUCCGGAUUUCCUUCCCGGCUCGGCGGAUCCUCGGCAGCUGGCGCUGGAUGGCCGGUUCUUGGGAGAUGCCCCCCCGGCGGGGGGCAUGGGCCUGGUGCCGGUGCUCCUGUCUCGCGGCGCCAGCACCCUCCCCCCGGAGUUGGUCUUCUCCCGGGUUUCCGGCCCCGAGUGGCUGGUUCUUCGGGCGCCGGGGGACAUGCGGCCGGCCGGCCGGUCGGUGGAUGUGCCCACCGGCCGGCAGAGCCUGGGGGCUUUCCCCGGGGCAUUGGCCGGGCCCGGCCCCCGGGGCCUGGGUGUCCUGUUGCAGGGGCUGAGCCUGGCCCAUGGUGGUUUGGAGUACCCCAGCGCGCUGGUCCUCCUGGCGGACACGUUCAUCGGGCUGUCAUUGCUCCACUGUCCCGGGGCCGGUGGGCCCGAGCCGUGUGCCCUGCAGGCUGGGCUUUUCUUUGACCUGCCCCCGGGGCUGCGGUUGCCCAGUGGCGCCGGGCCGUGGUCGUUGGCGCCCCUGCCGGUGGUCGGCGGCUCCGGCGGCUCCGGGCAGCGGUCGGUCCUGCAGCCAGGGCACAUGCUCACGCUGUUGGCCUUCGCCCCGGGGCCGGGGCUGGUGACCUUUUCCCUGGCGCUGCCCUGCCCGGCCGGGUGGCAUGGGCUGGCGUGCGACCCGUGCGAUUCGGGCUGUGCCACAUGCGAUGGCCCGGGCCCGGGAGCUUGCACCUCGUGCGGUCCGGGCACAUGGCUGCAUCACCGGGCCUGCCUGGGAGCCUGUCCGAUGGGGACUUGGUCCGAUGCUGGGGCCGGUGCAUGUCGGGAUUGUCCUGCUGCAUGUGGUUCCUGCGCCUCGGCGACCGAGUGUAUGAGUUGCUCCGCCGGGCACUUCCUCCUGGCGGGCUCCUGCUUGCCCUGUGAUGGUUCGUGCGCCGAGUGCCGGGAUGCGUCCAGUUGCACGGUCUGUCGGCCGGGGCUGGUGUUCCUGGGCCCGGAUGAGCAGGCCGGGUCCCUGUGCGGGGGCGCCUGCCUGCCGGGCGAGUACAUCGGCGACGGCCGGUGCGCCGAGUGCGACCAUUCCUGCGAGCUGUGCACUGGCCAGGCCACAUCGUGUCAGGUGUGUGCCGCGGGCUUCCGGUGGGUGAGCCGGCCGGCCGCCGGGGGCGCCGGGGCCUGUGUGCCCUGCGACCCGGGGUGCGCGUCCUGCACGGCGACCCGGUGCCUGGCCUGCGAGCAGCCGCUGUUCCUGACGCCGGCCGGCGCGUGUGUCUCCUCGUGCCCGGCCGGCAGCUGGCCCAACGGCGAGUCCUGCCAGCCGUGUGACGUGAGCUGCGUGGCUUGUGUCGGCGGGGCGGCCGACCAGUGCACCCGGUGUGCGGCGGGGCUGGACUUCAUCGAGGCCGGGCCCGGGGUGGGGGCCUGCGUGUCCGGCUGCCCGGAGGGCCAGUACCGGGACGCGGCGUCGAGCCUGUGCGUGCCUUGCGACCCGGCCUGCGCCACGUGCAACGGCCCGAGUGACAGGCACUGCUGGCGUUGUCUGCGUGGCGUGCUGCAGGAUGGCGACUGUGUGCAGGACUGCGCCGCGCGGCAUGUGGCUCUCGGGGGGCGGUGCCUGCCCUGCCAUGCGUCGUGCGGCGCGUGUGUCGGGGUCCGGAGCACCGAGUGCACCAUGUGCAUGGGGGAUUUGCUGGCCCUGCCGGCCGGGCGGGCGCCGUUCCGCUGUGUCCCCGCCUGUCCGGCGUCGUAUGGGCCUUCGGCCGGCGGGUGCGCCGCCUGCCCGGGCCACUGCGUCGGCUGCCCCGCGUCGAGCACCGUGUGCGCCCAGUGCGAGCGUGGGUGGCUGCUGGACAGCCCGGCGUGCGUGGCCCACUGCCCGUCCGGCACCUCGGCGCAGGGGGCCCUGUUCAUCGCUUGUCAUGGCAGUUGCAACGGGUGCUUCGGCCAAAUGGCCGACCAGUGCCUGGGCUGCCGGCCGGAAGCGCCGUUGCUGGUGGGCGGAGCCUGCCAUGCCGUCUGCCCGGCCGGGACCUUCCCGCAGGGCCAGUCGUGCAUCCCAUGCAGCGACACGUGUGCCUCCUGCUCCGGGCCGGCUCCAAGCCAGUGCACCGCGUGCGCCCGGGGCCGCGCCCUGUUUGGCGGGGCCUGCCUGCUCGGUUGCCCGGCUGGUCUCUUCGCCGAGGAUGGGGUUUGCACCGCGUGCGAGGCCUCCUGCGCCACCUGCGCCAGUGGGGAUGCAUGUGCCAGCUGCUGGGCGUGGGGGCUCCAUGGACCGGCCGGGCUGUGCGUACAGUCCUGUCCGACCGGCUGGCACCAGUGCACCGCCUCCGAUCGGUGUCUCUCUUGCCCUGCCCGGUGCGCGGCCUGCGUCUCGGCCGAUGCCACCUGCGCGGCCCACUGCACGCAGUGCGAGGAGGGCUUCGUCCUCUCGGCGGGCGCCUGCCAUGACCGCUGUCCGGACGGGGAGUUCGCGGCCCCGGGCUCGGGCGUGUGCCAGCCGUGUGGCCCCGGGUGCCGGGCCUGCUCCGGCUCGGGGGACUUUUGCACGGGCUGUGAGGGCGGCCUCCUGCGCCCGGCCGAGGGCCUCUGCGCCUCAGCCUGUGUCGGGGCCUCGGCCCCGGUGGACGGCGUGUGCCUGGACUGCCUGGCCGGGUGCGAGCGGUGCGACCCGGGUCCCGGCCAGGCCGGGUGCACGGCCACCGGUGCUGGCACGCUGGACUGUCCGACGAUCGCCACCUGCAGUCGGUGCGUGGCGGGCCGGCUCUUGCUGGGUGGGACAGCCUGCGUGGAAACCUGCCCAGGGGGGUAUUUUGCCGACGUGGAUGGGAAUCCCGGCGUCUGCGGCGCCUGCCAUGAGAGCUGCGCCCAUGGCUGCACCGGGCCGGAGAAGGGCGACUGCGAGCGGGACUCGCGUCGUGGUGCCUCGCGCAUUGGCCUGGCCGUGGGCCUGGCCGUGGGCUUGCUGCUGCUGCUGAUUCUGCUGAUACUGUUGGUGCUUUUCCUGGUGCGCCGGCGGAAGAAGCUGCCUCCCCAGCGGAGUCCCGCCGAUGGCGAGGACGCCACCAUGCUGAACACCAUUGUGGAGCUGGCCCUGCCCGGGGCCAUCUUGGUCGACGUGGGCGUGGACUUCCGGCCGCUGGAUGAAGCCCUCGGCUGCGGGACGCAGGCGAGUGUGGUCGCCGCGCAGGCGGUCGGGGCCGGGGUCGCCGCCCGGCUGGGCUGCCCGGGCAUAGUGGCCAUCAAGAGCAUGAAGACCGACAGCAUGAAGCCCCUGCAUGUGGCCAUGUUCCAGAAUGAGGUGGCCUUGAUGUGGCUGCUCCGGGAGCAUGGGCACAUUGUGCGUCUCUUUGGUUACAGCGAGCAGCCGCCGGCCAUCGUGAUGGAGCGCUUCGACUGCGACCUCGGCGCGUUGCUGCACUCGGAGGUGCCGCUGACGCCGGUGCAGCUGGCGGACAUCGCGCAGCAGUGGGCCGCCGGGCUGGAGGCCAUGCACGCGCAUGGGAUCGCCCACUGCGACCUGAAGCCGGGGAAUGUGUUUGUCCUGCAGACGGCCUCUUGCUGGCGGGCGGCCCUCGGGGACCUGGGCACGAGUCGGAACCUGAGUGCCGACCGGUCGUCGGCCCUGGUCCUGGCCAUGCCGGAGUUGAAUGCCUUGACAGUGCCGUAUGCCGCGCCGGAGGUGAUCACCGCCUUCCAGCGGGGCACCACCCUCGACCGGGGGUGCUUCCUGCCGUCGGACAUCUAUGCCGCGGCGAUCAUGCUGCAUGAGUGCCUCACUCGGGCGGUUCCCUGGCCGGGCUUGGGCAUCCACGACAUCAUGGCCGCUGUGAUUGGCGGCGCUCGGCCGGGCGCCGGCACCAUGGCCGCCAGUGCCACGGACCUGGUGCAGGCUGCCUGGCAGGAGGACCCCGGGCGGCGGCCCUCGGCGGCCACCUUCCGCCAGCGGUGCAUGGCCCUGUUUGUGGCCUCCGGCGGCUUGGGCGAUUUCUGA